CAAAACUAUUAUUAAAAACUUUUUUACUUUUUGUCCGGUUCGUAUGAUUGUUUUUUCUCAACAUCAUAUCAAUUUUCGCAUCUGUUCGUAUUGAUUUUUAGAAAAAAAAUUAAAUUCAACACAAUAAUUAGUAAACAAAAAGUUGUAUGGAAAAUUGGCGUGGAAAUUGCAUAGCUCAAAAAAGGCGCCACUUCCUUUCUUAGGCGAUUCUCUUAAUUGGUUGUAGAUUGGUUUCCCUAUUUCCUCUCUUGGGGAAGAAUGCUCGCCUACAUAUCUUGCAAUGUUAAAUGAUAAUAGGAAACCAUGUUCUAAAGCUGCUAGGUAGAUCAGAAAAAUCAUCAAAGAAUGGGAGGUUGCUGCUGUUCUACUCGAAAUUCUCACAUGAAUGGAACUCCAACAUACUACUAUGUUAGUUCAUUUGCUUUUCCACAUGAUCAUGACCCAUUAUUGCACUUGUUCGACUCGAAAUUCUCACCUGAAUGGAACUUCAACAUAGUACUAUUUCCUUUCUGCAGUGCCCCAUCGCUAUGGAGGAGCGCAUGACAUCCGAAAUUAAUAGUGGCUCAUCCUCCAUGCUUUUGAAUGCAGGACAUGAUCAUUUGAACCUUGAUUUUUCAAUACCCAGCACUUACCGAUCCCCUCCCAUACCUCUCCCAUACGAUGUGGUUUUGACAUAUCCACACCAGAAAGAUCCUAACUCUGCUAAAGAAAGAAUAUGUGAAUGUAGUUUGAAAACUACAUCGGCAGUGAAAAGUGUUGGGGAACUUGAUCGUAAGUCCCAAGAAAGUGGCCCUCCAGGCAAAUUGGAACAUUCCAAGUCGAAGGGCAAUAGUAUGACAACUCCGGUGACCGAAGAAGAUCAGGAUGACUGUCCCAUUUGUCUUGAAGAGUAUGAUUCUGUACAUCCAGAAAUUAUCACAAAAUGCAAGCACCACUUUCACCUUGCUUGCCUUCUCGAGUGGACCGAAAGAAGCGAUGUUUGUCCCAUUUGCGACAAGGAGAUGAUAUUUGAGCUACAUUGAGUACGUAGAGAAGAUGAACUUCUCUAGUCCAUAAAAUUCCAGGGGCUGAGCUCACUUCACCUUUGGUGGAUGGCACUUUUCCUCAUUCGUCUGCAGGUUCAUUUUCAACCAUGGUUGUAUAGAUACAUUGGUCGACGGUCGUUUCGUAACGCAAAUUCGAAAUGUAAAUUGUUGUAGUCAGUCGACUCGAUACAUCAGGCAGAGAGCAAUCAAUUGACAGUGCAUCUCUUCCUCAUGUUGGAUCUUCAUGCAUGUUUAUUAUUGUUUUUUCGAUCUUUGAUCAUCAGUUCUGAUGGAACUCCUGACUUGUUCACUCGAGAAAAGGAGCAUUAAAGAUUCAUACAUUCUGUAUAAGAUGAGAUAUCUUUCCCAUUUUUGCUUUGACCUAGCUGUAUUGGUUGUAUUUAUGAUCAAUUUAGUACUGCAUAAAAUUGCAACUAUAAGUUUGAAGUGGUUUGUAUUGAAAGAAAAAGUUUGAAAUGCUAAAUUUUUAUGAA